UUACCACGAACAUGGAAAACACCUCAUUCCAUGGAUGGGGGACAAGAGCAUCAUGAUCGAUAGGUCGGUUGAACAAACUUAGACCGAAGCAUUAUGUUAACCAUCUAUGCUAUCCGUUAGCCCCUUUCAAAAAUGCAAGGGACCACUUUGGAGUUUGUCUUGCAGAAGCUUGGGAAUACCUGCAACUGUCGACAAAUGUUUAAUCUAUGCCUUCCAGUUUGUCUUUGGACGUUCUGAAAUGAUAACAAAUGGUAUUUGAAGUUUCUAGUGUAACAUGCGAACAUGCAAAUCCGUGCCAGUCCUAGCUAACAGUAGCCACGAUGCUAAUCAUCGCAUUUACAGCUCAAUUCAGUGUAACAAAUUGCCACACAUGCUGAAAAUCAGAGGUAUAACCUGCUGUAUUAAAAUGCAUUAUUUUGUGAUGGAGGCCAUUUAAACUGGUAUCUGAAUGUAUGUGACAAAUUAAGGCCAAUAGUUAGCUUUAAGGUGGCUUUGCAUCUUUGCAUGUUUGCAGAAUUUCCUCUGGAAGUUUUUACUCCAUGCUCACUUUGUGGUUGAAAAUAUGGCUGUAAAACCUGAUUGUGACGUAUUAUUUAUGAAUGACCUGGGAUGUUGUAAUGCUGUGUGACGUCCAGAGGAAAUUCUAACCACGACGAAAGUUACUUUGGUCACAGUGAUUCAUAAUAUAGUAUGUAUGGUGACAUAUCAAUGUCACCCCAUCACCAUGUUGAUGUCAAAUUCAAUCCGGUCUAUUAAAACCUUAAAGGUGUUUUCAGCCUAUCUGCAAAGUAUUGCUGUUGGUGAUUAAGUAAUGUUUUAUUGCCAAUACCCACACAGCUUCUAUGUACCAAAUGACACACACUUAAAAAUAGUACAUUUGUCCUUUUUGAAUCACCCUGAUCUGCAGUGACCUACCUUGUGUUAAAUUUGUACAGCUUUGUAUGUUUGUCUUUAUCACAUAACCCAGUUUUUCCCCAGCAAGGUAGGCUAAGGGGUCCUGCCAAACCCCGAAUGCCAACCACAGCUCCCCAUUUCUUUGUCUUCAUGAAGAAACUGCAACUGGGAUGUGGCGUAGAGGGAUGAACCUUGGAAAAUGUCGUCCAUUUGGGUUCUUGCGGAUAGAUAUGAUGGGCGGGGUCACUUACAUGACCUUUCAGAGUAUGACAGCGGAUCAUGGAAUACAUCCUACCAGCUGUCGGAAGAAGAGGCCAGGAUUGAGGCUCUGUGCGACGAGGAGAGGUACCUUGCUCUGCACUCGGACCUGUUGGAAGAAGAGGCCAGACAAGAGGAGGAGUACAAACGUCUGAGUGAAGCUCUGGCCGAUGAAGGCUCCUACACUGCAGUAGGCUACAAAUACUGUGCAGACUACUAUGACCCGUCUCAGCCUACGGAGGAGGAGGAAGCUAACCGGGAACUUGAGGAGGCAGAGCCUGAGGAGAAUGAGGAACCAUUUGUUGCUCCUGCAGGGCUGGCUAUCCCCCCUGAUGUGGAACUGCCGGCAACGAUUAAGACCAAUAACAUCAUCGAGAGGACGGCCAAGUUUGUGUGUCAGCAGGGCAUUCAGUUUGAGAUUGUGCUGAAAGCUAAGCAGGCUGGUAACUCCCAGUUUGACUUUCUUCGUUUUGACCAUUACCUCAACCCUUAUUACAAACACAUCUUGCGGGCCAUGAAGGAAGGUCGAUACAACCUUGUCUCGGCCAACAAGAAAGAAGAGUUGCAGGAGUCACAGUCCGAUGACUCGGAUGACGAUGGGGAUGGAAGCUACCUCCAUCCCAGCCUGUUUGCUCCUAAGAAGUGCUCUCGCCUGGAUGAGCUUGUUAAGCCUCUUAAAGUAAUGGACCCAGACCAUCCACUGGCCGCCCUCGUGCGAAAAGCUCAACAAGAAAGAAAUGGUACUGCAGCUGCACCAGUCCCAACCAAACCAGAGGAAGUACCAGAUCCGGCUGCAUCCAGUACGCAAGUGCACUACACAGCGGACCCAAUGUACUAUGGGUACUACAUGCUUCCUGAUGGAACAUACUGCAUGGCCCCGCCACCCCCGGGGAUAGAUGCAACCUCCUACUACAACAGCGUGCCCUCGAGUGCAGCGACGGCUCCCCCUACGUCUUCUGGGGCUUUGCCUAAUGUGGGAACAACACUUACCUCUCCUGAAACUGUAACCAUGGCACCACCAGCUUCAGCCCCCUCUCAGGCCAACAGCUCUGCCGCUCCAGCAAGUGCACCAGAAACCAGCUCAAAAGACAAAGCUCAAGUUUCCACACCAGCAGCACCAGCCAUCAUCCCGCCACCACCUGAUAUCCAGCCUGUCAUCGACAAGCUGGCCGAGUAUGUCGCAAGGAACGGUCUGAAGUUUGAGGCCAGUGUCCGUGCCAAGAAUGAUCCACGGUUUGACUUUCUUCAGACCUGGAAUCAGUACAACCCCUAUUACGAGUUUAAGAAGAAUUACUUCUUGCAGAAGGAAGGAAAAAGCAUAUUAGAGAUUGGGACAGCAGAUGAUGGUGAAGAUGAUGAUGAGGAUGUGCUCCAGUCAGACAAUUCAGUCGACCAAUCAAUGCUGGCCAAAGCCUCGUUUGCCCCCAUCUGUUUUGCCAUUAAGGCGAAGGAGAAUGAUUGGCUACCACUGGAGAAGAACAGAGUCCGGUUAGACGAUGACUCGGAUGACGACAAGGUGUUGGAGGGGGAAGGACCGGAAGCUGUGAUGGGUGGAGCUGAGUUGACUGACAGGGAUCUGCUGUCAGUCAGUGCGCCAGAGGAGAAGAGACCCACCCUCAGUUUGGAGGAGUUGGAGGCAAAACAAGCCAAGCAGAAACUGGAGGAUCGCCUAGCAGCUGCAGCCAGAGAGAAGCUGGCCCAGGCGUCUAAGGAGUCAAAAGAGAAACAGCUACAGGCUGAGAGAAAGAGGAAGGCGGCACUAUUCCUUCAGACCCUUCGUAGCCCCUCAGCAGAAGACCCUGAGGCCAAGAGACUUGAGCUGGACCCGUCUGUACAGCUUGAGAUGCAAGAAGCCCUUUCUGUUCUCUCUGACCUUGUGCCGUCCCAGAUGUCCUCUGCACCACCGGCAUAUGUUCAAGAUCAAAAGUCCUCCACGGAGAACCAAGGGUCCUAUCGCAGCAGGGAGGCCCCAUCCUCCUCAUCCUCUCACAGAAGAGCAGAGCGAGACAGAGACAGGGACAGAGACAGAGACAGGGAUAGAGAUAGGGAUAGAGAUAGGGAUAGAGACAGAGAUAGAGAUAGAGACAGGGAUAGGGAAAAAGAAAGAGAUAGGGACAGAGACAGAGAUAAAGAUAGAGAUAGGAACAAAGGAAGGGACAAAGAGAAAAAGAAGAAAAAACACAAGAGGAGGUCCAGGUCAAGGUCAAAGUCAAAGUCUAAGAGCAAACACUCCCUUCCCAGUGCCUACAGGAGAUCACGCAGGUCCCGAUCCCGCUCACACUCCCCGGGGAGAAGAGACAGGAGGAGUAGCUCAUCAGAGAGGAGACGCGGAGAGAGGGAGCGGGACUGUUAUCACCCCAGCAGCAGUGCGCCCGGGGGGCAUUCGAGAUCCAGGUCUCCUAAAGACAAAAAGAGGAGCGCCUUGUCUUCAGGACAGAUGCACACUGUUGGUGCUUCUGUCUCUCCGUAUUCUUCACCCGGCAGAGUUCUGUCUCGAUCAGCUAGUCCUGCCUCCAGCCUGGCCCAUUCCAGGGGCGGUUCUCAGGAGAAAGACAAGGCGGUGUCCUCAUCCAUAGUAUCCUCUGUUCAGUCCAAAAUAACUCAGGAUCUUAUGGCCAAAGUGAGAGCCAUGCUCGCCACCUCCAAGACCUUCCAGCCUCCCCAGUCAUAAAAAAAAGGACACAGUGUUGUCUUUCUUCGUCACGACAGCCUCAGCCAAUCAGUGAGCCUCGUUCUCCAAUUUUCCUGGAGAUGUAACGUGUUCUGGAUCCCGUUUCCUCCUGUGGUCAUUUGAUUGACUACCUUUUCAUCUGCAUUUGAACAACGACAGGUUGAGUUUGGCCGCUGUAGGUCUCCCGAAGCAGGAACACCCGGCCUGAGACAUUGAGUCAGCCCGUUGACGUAUUUUAGUGCAGCGAGACUUAAAUAAUCAAUUAUAUUUUGCAUCAUGUUUGGAGCCGCUGUCCCACAGCCGUUCUCUUCAGCAUUACGUAAAGCUGCCGGAGGUCUGUAUUCUCCCCUUCUAUGAAGGGUUGCGUUGUUUUGAACAUUUAAUUUCCUCCCCCUCCGUCUGCUGUUUUCUUCCCUUUUUAUUUCCUCCACCCACCCGCCUCCUCUCUUCUGCGCCUCAUGCAGCCGCUCGGAAAGCCAUUUUAAAUUUUUAUUCUGCCCCUCAAACUCUAAAUGCGUGGCCUUUUUUGUUGUCGUCUCUGGUUUGUACUGUAAUAGCUCUAAUGUGGAAGUACUUUCUACUCCAAAAUGGUAAAUAAAAUUUCAAUUAUGAUUUA